AUGGGCCCACCCGUCUCCAUCAGGAAUAAUAACACUCCCGGCCCAUCCGUCAUAGUCGAGGAUAUAUCUACCUUCGGUCCAUGGUCCACUGGCCCAUAUCAUACGGGAUAUUAUACACGUCCAUUCACUCGUAUAAUACGGAGAUAUCCUGCUCGUGUUGACUAUGGGACAUACGACUUUAGUGGCGACUUUACCAGUUCUCAUAACAUUGCUGAUGACAUUCCCGGUCCCUCUACACUACCCACAACCACCGGUUUUCACGACUUCAUCAAUGGCAUUCCUGGUCCUUCUGCACUACCCAUCACCACUGGUCCCUCUGUGAUACCUGCCAUCCCUGAGACACGUGUCACACCUCCGACCCCCACUUUUCAGAUCGAUCCAGUGUUGGUAGGCUGUGAUCUUGAUGAUGUUCUGAUGAAUGACAGUGAUGAUGACAUUCUGAUGGAUCACAGUGAUGAUGGCAUUUUGAUGGAUGGCAGUGAAGGUACCAUCCCUGCUGUGAAAGGAUGGAGGAGUGAUGUGACAAAUGCCAUCCUCCGCAAGGGUUUUGUAGAUAUGGAACACCUCAUGCAUGAGCUCAGUCGAGAAGCUUCCAUCCCCACUCAUCAAGUCAUCUCAUGGUGGAACAAGAACCACACUCGCAGCAUCAAUCGUGUCAACCAUUGGAAUGCAUAUAGCAGCUACUUCAAGGAUAACCUCAGUCAGGAGCUUGACCAACUCAGUGGCAAGGCUCCUAACAUACCAGGAACACCAAGCACUACUGUAUGCUGUAACUGCUACAAGCUAUUUAAAGUAGCGUAUCCAGACUCCUGGCAGACCAUCCUAGAGCACCAUGGCCAAUCUGUACUUCUCAGUGGUGUCCCUCAGACCGUUUCCAUGCGCACGCAGGAGUUUGACAAGUUUUGUAAGAAAAUCAUUGCCGUGAUGGAUGGAGGAGCUGCACAGUUCAGAUUUGAAGCAGCUUUGGUGGCAUGUGGCAAAGUCAUUAAUCAAGAUGGUGGUCUCAGCCUGGCUCAUACAACUGCAGGGGCUGCUGGUUUUUGGCUCUUGCAUUGUAAGACUGACAAUGAUACGAUCAUUAGGCAUCUCAAGGCCCAAGUAUAUAAUUCAAUGUCACUCGCCAUCGUUGAGGAAACCUUCCCAGGAGAUAACAAUGUUAGCCAGCUAGACAUGCCCAACAAGCGUGAGGCUUCAAUCACUCUAUCCGACAACAUCAAUAUAUCCAAGGAUGGGACCAGGUGGAUCAAGGCAGAAAUCUAUCGCCAACUCAGAACAACACCAAACCUGGGCGGCAAAUUCCUGUCAUCAAAGAAGUUCCCUUGGAAUACACUCCCAGCAGAGCUCACAUGUCAGGGGAUGAUGAUCAAGGGAUACCCUGAGGAUGUCAUACUCCCCGGGGAACACCAUGCUUCAAAGAGCAAAGGGAUCGCGAAUCUCACCCUGAAGGAGGUUGGUGAGGUCAUCAUGGCACUGAAGGCGGGCACCAUGCAAUUGAAAAAGGUUUCGGAGGACAAGCAAGGUAAGAUUCUCACUUCUGAGUGCCCAGUAGUGGAGGGUGCAUGUCCCCCAGCAGAUUCCAUCCAUACAGCAGGACAUUGUCUUUUUGCGAAUGGAAAGUCUGAUCGCAAUGGACUUGCUUGUGAGAAGCCUAGUAAGGCUGUCACCAAAAGGAAAGGAAAGACCUCUCAGAAGGCACCAGCCUUCUGUACUUCCCCAAUAUCCCUUUCUGAUAACUCUGGCGACUCCAACUCUGAUGAUCCAUCUGGUCCCCCCAUCAAACCCAUUGGUAGACCUCCCCCCUCUCGUGAAUUCAAGGUUGUGGUGCUCCCGAAGCAACAGAUGAAGGUCAUGAAGCCGAAGGAAGUUAUCUCACUGGUAUCUAGCAAUGCUCAAUCUGAUAAUGGCACCACUAAGGAGGCUGACUCCAACUAUGAGGACAAGGCUGUGUCUAAAAAGUGGAAGGCAAAGUCAGAGGCUAGCUCGCGAGCAGCCAAGAAGAGGGCUUCAUCUCCUGAGGCACCUGUGCCUAAGGUAAAUAAAGGCAAGGCACCCAUGAGGGCCAAGGGACAAAAUGAAAAGGUAGCAAAGCCUGAGAUUGUUGAGUCCUCUGACAAUGAAAUGGCUGACAACACUGCCAAACGCCUUCGUGAUGGCCCACCCGAACUCAAAGAGUGCCCAAAGCCCCGUCCAGUCAAGCCUGCAGUCAAGUCCCCUGUCACUAGUGAGGAGACCAACUCUACCAAUGCAAGCACUGUUUCAGACCACACCGAGCUGACUGCCAAUGCUACUGCAUACCAUGCUGAGCUUAACGACAGGCUUCCUCCAUGGUCUGAGCCACCAGUGUCACCUUCACCAACACGUCGCCAGCCUUCCCACAUGCUUGUGGACCACAUUGUUCCUGCCGCCACCGCUCCAGAAAGUGUCACUCCCGCUCCAAGUGACAAUGCUGCUCCUGCUCCAAGUGACAGUGUUGGUCCCGCUUCAGCCUCACCCAAUGACAAGCGGCAUGGAGAAACUGAUCAUGUGCUAGUUCAGCAAGGAGAUUUGGCGACCGAGCCCUCCUGUUGUAGGGAGUAUCCCUACGCUAGGCUCAUAUCCACCACUUUUCCAAUGCAUCAGGUGUCCAUCCGACGUCCAUCUGACACCUAUCCAUUCCAUCCGAUACCUAUCCACUUUGUGGAUGACAAGCAGAUACCUUCGGAUCUCCCCCUAUAG